AUGGCCAAGGAAGCAAACACAAAAUUACAUGUCAACCAGUCCAAUGAAGGAGAGGACAACAAACAAGCAUCAUUCCAUCCACACCACAUCACCCUUAAAACCUUCCACACCCUACUAUCCCACUACCCAACAACGGUAGAGCGAGUUUACCGCGGUAAACUAACCCAGAAGCUGCAAUCAAAAGCAUUGAAAGGACCAAAGCGCAAAGCAGAGACAAAUACCAGCACAGCACCGACAAAAACAGAACUCGAUCCAUCGCAGGAGAAGCACAUUCUCGAAGAAAUAGAUAAGUUCCUCCAACUUGACCAGUGGCGAUAUGAAGAACUGCCGAAGAUCAUCGCGGAGCGGGCGAAUGAAUCCCAUAAAGGAAGUGGGCUGGAGGGGACGCAUUUGCUUAAGGAGGAGUUAAUUGAUAUCAUGGAAUGGAAGACAAAACAUGGAGUCUCUCGUCCCAUGCUGAUGGGAAUGGUGAAAAGCAACCCAGUUGCUACGAUCACCAAGUCUACAUCUACUGCUUUCGCCGCCCUCCCAGAUGCGGAUACUGUGGCGCCGAAUGAUGCAUUCCCUAAAGCCAGUCUGGAUGCCCUUACUACGCUUAUUCGUGGCGUCGGGCCGGCUACUGCAUCUUUGAUUUUGUCUAUCGCUACGGUCUUGUAUGCGAAGAAACAAGUCCCGUUUUACAGUGAUGAUGUAUAUCUUUGGUUAUGUUUGAUGGAUUUCCCAGACGGUCGAGAUGUCAAGGAGCAGACGACUUCUAAACACAAAAAGCCUAAUGGGGAGUUGAUUGUCAAGUACAAUAUGAAUGAGUAUCGAGAUCUGUGGAAUGCUGCACAUGAGUUGCGGACACGGUUGAAUGAUGAUGCUGGAAAGACUGGGGAUGGACCUGUUUCUUUUGUUGAUAUUGAGAGGGCUGCUUAUGUGCUCCGGAAUAUCGCUGUUUCGGAUUACUAUACCAGUCCAGAUCCCGAGGCUAGUUGGGAGAGUGUGGAAGUUACGGAACAGGGGAAUAGUCCGAUAUCACAGGAAUCAAAGGUUGAUUCUAGUGAGGUUGGCACGAGGCGGAGCAAGAGGGUGAAGCAAGGAGCUAUGUGA